CAGCUCAUCGACCAACUCGCCCAAAUCAGCGAUUCCCUCAAAGCGACCAACACCCUCAUCACCCGCCUCUCCAAACUCCCCUUCUCCCCCGGCACCGAGUCCCUCGACGAUCCCCACAGCGUCCGCAUCGAGCUCGCCCAAGACAUCCACGAUAGCUUGAAGCAAUUGGAAGAAGACCUAGAACUUCUCAAGCAGGAAGCGGAGGAUCUCAACACCACCAGCCAUACCGGGGGAUAUCGGCGGCGCGAGAGUACUGACGACCGCGAGCGAGAGAGAACCCGAUUGACCGCGCACACCACCAAACUCGAAGAAGACCUCCGUAGCUCACGGUCACAUUUCCGACGCGCUCAGCUCAACGCGAAGAAGGCCUCGGAAGCGGCCAAGAGGAAAGAGCGGGAACUCGUUCUCGCGACCCUCUCCAACCCGGAGCCUGUACCUCAGACAAACGGCAAUAGAACAGGCGACCUCUUUGCCGGCCGCCGCACUCCUCAGCCUAAGCAGAGAGGAACGAAAGAAGAGCAAGAAGUCGACGCCUCCACCUCCGUCACCACUGCGCUCCGCCGCACGCACGACCUCCUCUCCACCGAGCUCAGUCGAUCGCUUUUUGCACAAGAAACCUUUGACCAAUCGACCGCUGCUCUCGCCGAGCUAGGCGAGAAAUACGACAGUCUCGAUUCGGUGCUGAAGAACAGCCGCGAACUGCUAGGCACUCUACUCCGGAGUCAAAAGAGCGAUACGUGGUACUUGGAAACCGCCUUCUACAUCCUCAUCACCACCCUCGUCUGGUUGAUCUUCCGCCGCAUUUUACUGUGGCCGUUCAUUCGCCUACCAAUCUUCCUCUUCAGGUGGAUUCUGUGGAAACCGAUCUGGUGGUUCUUGUAUCUGACAGGCGUUGUCACUACGGGGACUACUGCAGCACAGGGAACGGUCGCUAGAUCAUCGACCAGAGCACCACUGAUCGUCCAACCCAGCGCUGCAAAGGGUAGUAUACCGCGCUUUGAGGAAGGUAUGGCAGAAAAGCUACGACAAGGUGGCGGGGUUCCCGUUGGUGCUGGCGGCUCGCAGGCGAAGGAGGGACGCGAGAACGUUCUCGAUGGGGAGAUGAGCGAACGCAUUGGUCGUAUGGCUGAGGAGCGGCAAAAGCAGCAAGAAGGGGGAGAGAAGAAGGAAGUCAAGCGGGGAGACGGCACCGUCUUGCAGGAAAGGGAAAGCGAGCCACCAAACCCGCGGAAGAAGAUGUUUGAGGCGGAUGUGGAGGAUGCGAAGCAGCGGGAGAGGCAGCAGGAU